AUGCCUCCUGCUCGUCAUCAACGUGCCUGUCGUUCUGCACGCCUCAAAGCUAGUACUCUAUCGCACUUGGGGGCGAUGGACGAAGAAUCAAAUAAUCGAGCUAAUUUCCCCUCAAACCCACCUCUAGAACAGUCUGGACCCCGGCUCACCAUCCAGUGGCACAAUGACCGUGCACUUACUGACACGCUGGUAAACUACCUGACCACUCACCCUGCCGAUUGUAGGAUUUUAUUCUAUUCUGAUGGCAAGAAAGCCAUGGCUGCUGCAGAUGAUGGUCCCUCAGGCUCAGAUAAGGGGCAGAUUAUAGUGUCAUCGCUAAGCUCGUCCGUCCUCCACCUUCUUCACCUACCCUCUGGAGAAGCCGACCCUUCGUUUGUUCCGAUCCGGCUGGCUCGAGGCUCUUGGCGAUCUUGCGCACUAUCGCAUGACCGUGGCUGCGAUGGUUACUAA